AUGGGCCUGUUCGAGUCCGUUGCGGCAACUGAGUGGGUGUUCCAUUUUUUCAGCGACGAACCUCCGGGGUGCUCUGUGAACGAUGCUUGGAUUGCUUCGCUUGUCAAAUCGGGUGACUUCUUGGCACAGCAAAGCACAGGACGGCUGGUCAUGGUGGUGGCCGCUGCUCGUUUUGCCUGCCUCGUUUGGGAAGUCACUGUGCAGCACGAUCAGAACGGCGAGUCGUGUUUCCUGUGCAAGCCAGAUGGGAACGCUGUUCAUUGGCAGUUUCUUGUUGACGUGCAGGAUUGGCUGUUGGUACCUGCCACGCCGAUUCUGCUGAGCGACAAGGGGCCAAUCGCAUGGAAACGAUCGGCCGAUGCCAUGUCUUUGCCUCAAGCUCUAUGUUUGCAAGGCUGUGCCAUCAACAAGGAGCAGUUGCUGCAGCUGAUCAAGCAACUGAAUGGGACUCCCCCCAAAGGGGCCAGUAAGCGAAGACUGCAGGAGUUUCUCAUCGAGCACGUCCUUUCGCCGGCCGAGCAAGCGGUGGCUUUGCAGCAAUUUCAGACUGCAACUUCGGCAGAGUGGGAGGAUGAGGUCGACAGCCAAUUUUCCGAGAUCAUCAGCGAGCUCGAUAAAGAUGAAGCCAACUCCGGAGACAUCAAGGAGUAUGUCAACAUCAAGAAGAAGGGCCAGCUGCAGCUGAAAAGGAAAUUCAAAGCUGCAGACCAGGAGCUAAAGGCUGCUGGUGCUGGAGCAGCUCCGGCAGAGAAUGCAGGGCCGGCAGAGAUCCAUGCUGAGCCUUCUCGAGAGGAGGUUGUUGGGCCUCCAUUGUUGGAUCAGGCCAAGCCCUCGUCGAGCUCCCGUCCUGAAGGGACUGGCGAGCCCGCCGCAUCGUCGAGCUCUCGUGCUGCUGGGCCUGGCGAACUCGAGCCACCCGCACAGGUUCUUCCUGGCCUUGCACAGCCGGCGGAAAGAGCUAGCUUUAUCAAAGUCAACAAAAGCCCCGACGAGCUCUUGGGCAGGUUGGCGCCACCACGGUGCACAUUCGGACUGAAUCAUCAGGAUCGACGUUGGACAUCGCAGUUCAAGUUCGACACCUCCCACGCCCCUUAUCCUUACAGCCAGAGGACCAAGAGUCGUUCCUUUGCAAAGGAGUGCAGUUGGCAGGAGGCUUUGAGGGAGGUGCACGCAUGGAAUUGGAGGAAGUGGUCUCACUUGAAAAAUGAGGCACCGUUGGAAGCAGGUGAUUCCGAACAGAUUCCCGGCCAAAUGCCUGCCGAUGUCAUGCAAGACUUGCAGGUGGUGGUGGACAAAUUGCCAGAGAUGAAGAAGUACGGCAGAAAGUAG